AUUUGGGAGACUCGGUGUGAUAGUUAUUAUACCUGGGUGAUAAAGGAAAAGCUGUGAGGUCAGGUCUUGGACUAUUUUUUUUUUUCUUGAUCUGUUCCCCCGAGGUUCCUUCAAGUCAAGUCAAUUCCUGCCACCAAGGCUUUUUCCCGCAUCCAACAUGGCUGAAAACUUCCAGCUCCCAUUCCAGUGCUUCCAAUUCGUGAAGACAAAGGAUGGAAACUCUAGAAAUGUGCUUGUAGCAUCUGCGGGGCCCAAAAUUUACUCCUAUGCCGCGGAGUCUGGACAGCGACUGGCCGUGUGGCCAGAGGAUACACCACCUGCUAAGGCUGGAUCUAAUCUCGAAACUGAAGGACCUCCCGAAAAAAGGAGAAAGGUCGAUCCGUCUUCAGGCGAGACAACAGGCGGUGCGCCUAAAAAGCAGGCGGCUUGCUGGUCAAACAUCCCCAUCUUGACCUCCACCCCAGAUGGGGAGUAUGUGGUUGCGCUCACCGCGGAAGACAAAUGCAUCCGUGUCUUCCAGAUCACAGGAAAUGGCUCUUUCCAGCAAUUAAGUGCAAGGGUAAUGCCAAAGCGGGCGUGUGCCAUUACCUUCACGAAUAAAAAUGACAUCCUUUGCGGUGAUAAGUUCGGGGACGUCUAUUCUCUCCCUUUAAUUCCAAGCGCUGAGCCUCGCAUCUCAAAAGCCUCAAGCCAAGUGAGACAAGGUGCUGGUGCCACCCCACUCACCGUGCACACUCAGCGGAACUUGAAAUCCCUGGAAAUGCAAAUCCGCCAAAGGAGCAACAAGCAAGUUGUGGACGAACCGACGUUCGCACACGAAUUGCUUCUCGGCCAUGUCUCUCUUCUUACCGAUGUAGCAUUUGUCUCUCUUCCCUCUCGGGAUCCGUCAUCCUCACGGAAGCGCACAUACAUCCUCUCUGCAGACAGGGACGAACACAUCCGCGUCUCUCGUGGUCCUCCCCAAGCACACGUUAUCGAGAAUUACUGCCUAGGACACACCUCAUUCAUCAGCAAGCUUUGCGUUCCCGAAUGGGCCCCCGAGUAUCUCAUCUCCGGUGGAGGCGAUCCUUUUCUUUUCGUCUGGAACUGGACUCAGGGCCAAAUUCUCCACAAAAUCCCACUUGUCGAGCAAACUCCGGAUGCAAAGGACAUCGCUGUCUCCGGUAUUUGGGCAUUGCCGUCGUCCAUCCAAGCACGUGUCAUUCUCGUCGCCCUCGAGGGUCGUGCUGAACUUCUAUGCUUCACCCUCGAAGCCAACGGCUCACUAACCGCGCAAGAACCCAUCAAGGUCUCCGGCAACGUUCUCAACCUCCAAACUGUCGAGGGAAGCGGCGCCGUCCUUGUCUCUGUCGAUACCAUUCACGAACCCGGGUCAACACAGGAGUGGAGAUCCCAUUCUCCCUCCCCGUCCGCUCUGCUCGAAGCAUUCCGACCCAAGCCGGGCGCAGAAAAGGUAGAAUGGGAGUCAGUCACCGACACUAUGGUUAGGACUAUUAAUUCUACAGGGACAUCGACCAUAUCGGUGGAUGCGGGAGAAAAGGAGAAGAAGGAGUUAAACAACUCUUUGUAUAGCUGGGAGAAUCUUCGAAAGAAGCAGUACGGAGACGCAGAUGAUGAAUAGAAUGGGCCACUGUAAUUUAAAACUUGG